UAUAGUGUCACUGUGAGGAGUGUGGAACAUCACGUCAAGACCUAACAUGGCUGACGAGAUGGAAGUCGACAGAGAAGCGGUCGAAUCGGGACAAAAGCCAGAGAAAAUGUUUACUCUAAAGAAAUGGAAUUUGGUAGCGAUGUGGAGCUGGGAUGUUGAAUGUGAUACGUGUGCCAUUUGUAGAGUUCAGGUUAUGGAUGCAUGUCUGCGGUGUCAAUCAGAAAACAAACAAGAUGACUGUGUUGUGGUAUGGGGAGAGUGCAACCAUUCCUUCCACAACUGCUGCAUGUCCCUGUGGGUGAAGCAGAACAACAGGUGCCCCCUGUGUCAGCAGGAGUGGGUGGUGCAGCGCAUCGGGAAGUAGAUCUCACCCACCCAGGAUAUAUUCCAGCAGUACACACAGACUAGCCGACGUUCACCUUUUCACAGUGAGAGUCUUCACGGACAGGUCGACACAAGGCCACAUGUUGUGUCGGGCAUUCAUGGCCUUCUCAUCAAUCUCUGCAAUAUUUGUCUACCAUGUAAAGCAAAUUUAAGUUCAGAAAUGGAUGGAAAUAUUAAACCAGUUUAGGCUGGGGUUUUUAUAUUGUACUCGGAGGUUUUCUGUUGGCCUCUGCUAAAUAGACGUGGGUGGAGUUGAAAGGCAUAAAUGGUGGAUGAAUGACUACUUUUGUGAUUUGAAUAAUAACAGAUUCAAAAUUUGUCUGUUUUUCCAAGACUAGUUUGAGUUGGUAACUUGAGAUGUCUGCAAGAGGCAUGCUGCACCGAUGUGUGCUCAAGCAUUGCGAUAUGUUUGAAAUAAUACAAAAUGAUGGUUUCCCGGAGCCUACACAAUUUCAGUAACCUUCAUGAGGUCAACAAAAAUGAUUUCAUUCAAUGUUUUUUGCCUAUUUUGGGUUAUGGGUGUCAGUUUGACCUUGCACAUCGGAGGUUGUCAGCAUCAUACUUAUAUGAGGAAUUUGUCUAAAAGACGAAAAAUUUGUGUGUGAAACUAUCACUUUGUUAUUAAGUCAUGGAAGUAUAAUGUUUUAGGAUUUAUUGUAUCAUUGUUUCAAUGCAGAGUUGCAUCCCUUUGUUUUCACAAGGAUCUGCUGAUCAUUGGUUUGAAGCCCAGAAUCACCACAAUUAAGAUCCUUGGUCAUCAGCACCUAUUAAACUUCAGUCUUUCUGUCUGCCAAACCCACAUCAAGAUGACUCGCCAUGAUAUAAAUUAAAUACUGUUCAAAGCCGGGUGGAUCUCGUGCUCGCUACCACAACUCAAUGAUCUGAGGACUUUCCAUUACAGGUCCUGUCAGAAAUACUUUUCAGCUUCACCAUUGUGUGUGGAUUACUAAGCAUAAGUCCAACUGUCAAAUGUCAGCACCAUAAAAAAAUAAGUUUAUAAAAAUACUUUAUAACGAGUACUUCCAGCCAUGCUCACAAUGAUCGAUGGUGGAAUCAAGUUGCUUGGAUUUUAAGGUGGCUGACAUGAUUUGUUCACCCGAUUUUCUGUCCAGUCAUUUAUGUUAUUCAAUUAUCAAUGCUGUAAUAACAUGGACAUUUAUAUUAUGUAUAUUCUGUGAUGUGAAUAAAACAACUGGUUUGAUUUUGAAACCAGAAGCCAUUAA